UCUCCCAGCGAAGUCCCGCCUGCUCCCCGCGCAAUGCUGGCGCUGUCUUCCGUCUGGCGCAUGGUGCGCCCGAUAGCCCGUCGCUUAGCCGUCCCUUCACCCGGUACGCUGCAAUACCGCAGGGCCAUGACCACCUUAGCCGGCGUCGCGGACGUGGAAAUCGACCCUGACGGGGUGUUCAAAUACAUCUUGGUGCGGCUGAGCCGCAGAGACGGCUCGGAGCACAAGGACAUCGUGCGGGGCACCAAGAGCGCCGAGUUUCACAAUCACAUCUUUGAAAAGUUAUGUUCUGAAAUGGAGAAGCUGGAACUGGAGUGCAAAUGUCUAGGAGGAGGAAAGAUUCAACACAACCCCAAAGAGAAGAAAAUCCGAGUAUUUGGCCUCUCCACGGGUUUUGGGAAAGCAGAUCACUCUGUUUCUGUGGAAAAGUUGAAGAGUGUGUACAAGAACUAUGAAGUUACUUGGUCAGAUGAUACCAAAUAAAAAAGAAGAAUCUCUUGCAUUAUUCUCCAUCAAGAUCAAUGUAAAACCUUGUUCAAGUAGUUUCUGUUUCUUGACGAGUUCAAUUUAUUUAUAGAAUUUGAUUGAGCUGUGAUGGUGCUAAGAGACUUUGUACACAUUGGCAUUCAGCAGAAAGAGUAUAAUACACUUUGAGUUUCUUUACCUCAUAAAUGAUAUCUUGUGAAUUUUUUUCUCAAAUAUAUUUGUAUGGGAAUGUCAUUAAGUUCAACAUGGCUAUGAAAUAAUUGAUCAUAAGCCUUAUAAUCUUUUCUGGUUGAGGCAAUGUGUAAUGCUAGUGUUUGUCACAGGUAUGGAUUCCUGCUUGUGCUCUUCAUAUGUUUGUAUUUAAUUAGGUGAAAUAUUUGUAUCAAGGUGCUCCACUGAAAUUACAAAGCUCAGGGAAUUGUUGAAUAGUGGAGUGGCUGAGACAUUUAAGUUCAGUUCAUUAAACACAUUUCAAAUUAAAAUUAUUUAAUCAUAAUAUGAUGACUAUGGUAAUCUAAUAAUUACUAGGAUAUAAAAACUAAUGAGCUUAAGAAAAAAAUGCAUGACAUCAGAUUCACAAUAAUGUGAUUAUUGAGCCAUUGUCAAUUGUACCAGCCAUUAAAAUAGAGGAAAUUAUUGAAAAUGGAAUCAUGACUCACAGGCACAACAAAGGGAUGCACAGCCAAGCUGAAUCUUCAAACAGCUCCUCUCUAACAUCUGAGGAUAUGUUAAUACUAUAGGAACUAUCUCAUGGGGUAGUCAAGCAACUAUAUCACAAUAUUGUUCAUUGUCCCAAUUCCUCCAUCACUAUCUCCAGAAACACUUUGUUCUACUGGCAGGACUGAUGUAGCCAACAUAGUGGCACAAUAGUAUGUAGUUGAGCGAAUGGAACCAAAUCCUAAUUAUUUACUGGACUCAUGGCAUCGUCCAGCAUAGUCAUAGAAACAUACUACUGAAUCAACCUACUGUGCUCUGUUAGCCAAUGAAUCAGUAUCUCUGUCUCUUUUGAACAGUGUCGGGAGCAGUGAGAAUAGCAAGGGCUGGAAUAUAGUCUGAUUUGGGGAUUCAUCAGCCAUCACACAGAAUUCCCAAGUACUUAGCUGUGUGUAUCCUGAGGAAUAGAUCUGCUGGAAGUUGUGAAAGAAACAACAUGAGUGGGUCAACUUUGUUCCAUCUAAUCUGAUUCCAAGGCCUCUGUUCAUAAUGGUAUUGAAUGAAAUGACUGUAGAAAGAUUCUAAUAAUAAAAAUGU